AUGAUGGGUCCUGAUUAUGGAGGCGGUCUCUCCUCAGAUCGGGUCCACGCUCACCCCCCUCUUGCCAACGACGGUAGUUAUCAGCUCGAUCACGAUCGGCCGAACAUGACGCCUAGUCCUUCAUACUCAAACGGAGGAUAUCCUGUACCGACACGACCAACAGGCUCGCCCACCCUCAGUGCCCAUAGUGAUCCACGGAGGAGCGGUGAGCGAAGUAGAUCUAGGGCACGUAAUGGAAGAUCAGCAAGCGGGUCGCUUCGUAUAUGUGCGAAAUGUGGUGAGCCUUUGACAGGCCAGUUCGUGCGGGCUUUGGAAGCGACAUUUCAUUUAGAGUGCUUCAAGUGCCAUGAUUGUGACCAGAUUGUUGCUUCUAAGUUCUUCCCGGCCGACGACGAAAAUUCAGGCGGGCAGUAUCCAUUGUGCGAAACCGACUACUUUCGUAGACUUAAUCUUCUUUGCCAUCAGUGUGGUGGCGCUCUACGUGGUUCCUACAUCACCGCCCUUGACCGAAAGUAUCAUGUGGAACAUUUCACAUGCUGUCUAUGCUCAACUGUCUUUGGGGCCCAGGAUAGCUACUAUGAACACGAUGGUGAUGUUUACUGCCAUUAUCACUAUUCAACGCAAUUCGCCCAACGAUGUAAUGGCUGCCACACGGCUAUCUUGAAGCAAUUCGUGGAGAUUUAUCGCAAUGGCCAGAACCAACAUUGGCACCCCGAGUGCUAUAUGAUUCAUAAGUUUUGGAAUGUACGCUUGGCGCCGCCUGAUGGCAACGAAGAACAGCCGCCUGAAGCGCCAGAUGCUGAGAGCCGGGAGCUUGUGCGUCAAAGGGAGGAAAUCAUGGAGGAUAAGGUUUAUCGAAUUUGGAGCGUCCUAUCGACCUUUGAAGAAUCAUCUGCUGCGUGUAUUUCUGAUAUGCUGCUUCAUGUCAGCAACGGCUCGUAUAUUGAUGGUGUUUUCGUUGCCAAGAGAUUUAUUCUUCAUGUGGAAAUUCUAUUCCAGUCUGCCGACCGCCUUGAUGAGACUCUCAAAAGGCUGGACAUGAAAGCUUUGUCAUAUGGCCGGGAAGCGAAACUACUUUGCAAGAAGGUCGUUUCUUUUUUUUCAUUAUUGUCCAAAACACAAGAACCAAACAUAUGGAAAAUAGGCGUCACACAAGAACUGUUGUCCCUCGUUACUGGGCUUGCCCAUUAUCUCAAACUCCUCAUAAGAAUUUGUCUCCAGGGUACCCUCAGGCUUGAACGUGAGCAAGGCUCAUCAGAUGGGCUGUUUCAAUUUCUUGGAGAUCUCGGUAUACUAGAAUCGAUGAAAAGCGAUGAUGAUUCGUUGCAGAUAACUCUCGGUAUGUCCGGGUUGUCUGCAAACGAUUCAGACCAGUGUACAUUGUGCCGCAAGCCUAUAGAGGAUGAAUGUGCCUUAAGUGGCGACAAACGGUGGCACUUAGGUUGUGUAUCUUGCGGGCGAUGUGGUCGCGAGUUAGGUAAGACUCUUGAUCUGGCUCGUUUGCAUCGGGAAAAAGGAAUUAUCUGUGUCGACUGCGAAGCACAGUUUGGUGAACAUGGGCAGUCUUUCGAACGAACCUCGAAGCUUCAACAAUACAUCUUUCUAUUGAAGGUAGCCUUGGCGCGCUUACUUGAGAUACUCCGAAACAACGGUGCGCUGCAAUACGGUACAAAUGAUCAGGAUCACGACGGUGGCAGACCGUCACUCGAAAAUGGAACAGUUCUGCUUCGAUCCGACUCGCGGUCAAAGUCAUUUAACGAUGGGGAGCGUCUCGAGAGGGAGUCGUCUUACGAGAACACUCUCAAUGAUGUACGCAGGCUUAGAAGCACACGAUUUGACAAGCAUUUGUCAUCAAAUUUUAGGAAAGCUCGGACGUCGAGGAUCAUGGAUGGCCCAGACGGACAUUCGGUACAUCCUGGCUCCACGGGUGCAGAUGGAGAUCUGCGGAACAAGGCGUUACAAAUUGACGAAGAGCGAGAGACCGGGCCAGGGGGCACAACGGAGCAAUAUUUCGGACACCAGGAUGCUUUGACUUUAGAUGAUAUUCCUCGAAUUGUCGCUGCAGAGCAAGCCCGAGAGCAACAGCCCAACAAGCCCACACGCCAAGAACUCUUCAGAUCAGCUACUACUGAGCCAAUAUACGGCGGCCACCAACGAACCUUAUCUGGUGGCAGAGAUGCUGAUUUUAAAACCCUAGGUGAGCAGAGGGGUGCUAGAAAAUUCUUCUCCGAGUUGUCUGGAUUAGAGUACUUCAUUGUUCGCCACGUCGCAGUGUUAACGAUGCAACCAAUGCUGGAGCAAGAAUUCACUCUUGAAGAACUUCUCGGACUUAUUGAAGCGAGGAAACCGCCCACAUUCUGGAAUAAGUUCGGCAAGGCGUUUGGUAAAAACGAUACCCGCAAGAGCGCUAAGAAAAAAGGUGUAUUUGGCGUUCCCUUGGAGAUUAUUCUCGAGCGAGACGGAGCCGAUUCUACUGAUGGCGUUGGCCCUGGCGCUCUUCGAAUACCUGCCAUCAUUGAGGAUACCAUUAUAGCUCUCAAAAACAAAGAUCUCUCCAUCGAGGGUGUUUUCAGGAAGAGUGGCAACAUUAAGAAGCUCACUGAACAAGUCGCAGCCAUAGAUAGGGAUGGCUGUGAUGUCAUUAGAUGGAACGAUGAGUCACCUCACCAGCUUGCAGCCCUUCUCAAACGAUAUCUACGCGACCUUCCCGAACCUUUAAUGACAUUCAAGCUCUAUAGAGUAUGGAUCGCAGCAACAAAAAUAAAUGACCCCGACAAAAGGAGACAAUGUCUUCACAUGGCCUUUUGUCUUUUGCCGCAGACCCACCGAGACACGCUAGAGGUCUUAUUUACCUUUUUCAAAUGGGUUGCAACCUUCCACCAAGUGGAUGAAGAUACGGGAUCGAGGAUGGACGUCCACAAUCUUGCCCGAGUAAUUGCUCCAAAUAUUCUUCGCAUGAACACCAAGAGUGCAAGCUUUUCUGAUGAACCCAUGACUGUCGUUUCGUGUGUCGAAGAGCUUAUUCAAUCAAAUGAGGAGAUGUGCAUGGUUCCUGCUGAAAUCAUGGGGAUACUCAGUGACUCGAGCUUGUUCAGUAACAACGGUGAUAUCACAACGAAGGAGAUUUUGAAACGGAUCGAAGGUCGCGGCCCAAAUGGCGGCAUGAAGCUUGAUGGUGCAGAGUUUGGUUCGAGACAAGAAAGUCACAGAAGGGCUAUGGCCACACGGGUCGACACAGACCCAACUCUACUCCAAGAACCCACCAUUCCUUUCACAAAUACCCAAGGUACUCCGCCUCCACAAUGGCGACAUCCCGACAAUGAUAUUACCCACCCUGAACAGUAUGAACGAAGCGGGACACCCCAGGCAGAUCUUAGUCAACGCAAGGAGUGGCGUAACUCUGGAUGGAGUAAACCAAAUAAUUCUCUUGCGACGGGCUAA